AUGAAAGAGUCCUCUGCUCCAGUGACUAGUGCUGUGAGUUCCCAAUGGACAGGCCCCAUACAUGAGAAAACACAGCCCCUACCCAACCCUGUCUAUAGUGCAGGUUUCACAGAGUGCAUCUCCCGCCUGUGCAACUACAUCGACAGCGUGGACCUAUCCCAGAGAGAGAGCUUUGUCCAGGGACUUAGGGACCACCUGGAUACCCACAGUGCCUGCCCUCUGGGGAAGGUGCAGAGCCCGACCUUCCCCCUGGACUUCCAGCCCUGGGGCCCUGCAGCAGAAGGACCAUGCUUCCUGGGCAGAGUGAAAAACAGGAAGGAGAGCACAGUGAUGGGGCAUCAACGAGCCAGCAGGGAGGCCACUUUCCCUUAUAUUAACACCUCUCUUCCCAUCUAUCCCAACACCUUUGUGCUCCACCACCCCCACCCUACCCAACACCUCUCACACCCAUACCCAUCUCCCCCUUACUCCCUCUCACCCCCACCCUCCCCCUGUUACUCAAACUCCUCGCCAGCUUUCACCACUACCCCUCCAUACCUCUCCAUGCCAUGCCACUUCCCCUUCCCUCCUUCCCCCUCUCUUCGUCCAUCAGAUUCCUUGUCACCCCCCUCUCACUCUACAUCUCGGCCCGUGGUGCCUCUGAUACCAGCCCAUCCUCCCCUGGUGUCCAGUCCCCCCACCCUUCUAAGUCUCUCUGGCCCUGUACCUGUAGGCCCAACAAGGACUCUGAGGCGGUCACUAUUUCAGAUCCAGCCCCAGGUAGUAUGGAGGCCCUGGUCCUGA